AUGGAAUUUGGGCUGGGAAUUGGAAUGGGAAUGUGGGCUGCUGCUAAGGUAAGAAUAAUGGGCUGCUUCUUUUUCCCUGCCAACGACGAGAAUACCGAAGGCUUUCAAAGUUCUUUCUACUCUGCAAUCUCUCUUCUUCCUGCUAAGCUUCCCUUUUUCUCUUCUCCGGCUUUCUGUCCUAUUUUCCUCUUUCACUUUGGUUUCUUGGUCUCUUAUUUUUUUUCUUUGCUUUCACAUCAUCUUCCUCCACGAAUUUUGGUUAAACUUUGUUACACUACCAUAACACUGGGAUCUACUGGACGCCGUAUGUUGCAUGGACAAAAUUCCUAUGUUGAAUCCAGUUCUUCAUCUCCUAUGCACAAGACUGUAGACCCAUCUCAAUUUGGCAGUGACGAAUCCAAUUAAAAGAG